CUUGUUAGCCGAAAUCCUCAAGCCCCUCACUUUCUCGGGAAAAUGCUUUCCCGGACGACCAGUCACAUAAGAAAAUCCCUAGGAAGAAAGGGAGAUAGAAGAUUGAAAGAAAAAUGGCAGGAACAGAUGCGUUUGUGGAAGCGGACAAUGCUGAAGCCAUAAUCACGAGAAUCGAGCACAAAUCUAGGAAGAUCGAAAGCCUUCUCAAACAGUCUAAGCCAGUCGAAGCUCUAAAAACCGCUCUUGAAGGAUCGCCUCCCAACACUCGAGACGAGCGCUGCAAGUCUGCGAACUGGAUUGUGGUGCAUAGAGCUCUAAUGGCGAUAAAGGAUGUGGAUGGCAUGUUUUCUUCUCUUGAUCCAGAGUACUAUGACAUCCUUAUGAAGUACUUGUAUAGAGGAUUAUCGACGGGCGAUCGCCCCACGUGCGACCAGUGCCUGAGGAUUCAUGAAAAACUGACAGAGAGAGCUGGUCUGGGAUGCAUACUCCGUUCCCUUGCAGACACUGUAAAUACAGUUUGAUUUUCAUCUCUUUGACAAGGAAUGGCCUUAGAAAGAUUAUGGCGUGGUAAUGAAUCGAAUUAUUGCUGUUCUCUAAGAAAUCAUGUCAAACUACAUUGACGUUCUUGGAGGUGUGUCCAGAAUUCUGUACCUUUAUUCCAGAAAUUCUGAUUCAGAACUUCUCUGAGAAAUUGUCUCUUGGUUUCUCUUCUAUCCCAUUAAUUUGGGAGGAUGGCUUGUAAUAGAUUUUAAGUUUAGGAGAAAAAGAUGUAAUACCAAGUUCAAACAACAUCACCACUUUGUGUAGAUUCUAGAAGGGGGUAAAAAAGAAAAUCAAAAAGAAAAAGGAGGGCAUCUAUUUUAUUUUCUGCUGUUUGGUCAUGCAAGAGCAGUGGACAAAGAGUAAUUUACCAGAGCUUUUUAAUGGACCCGAAAGGAACAC